AUGCUCUCCGCUCGUGAAUACUGUCAAGAAAGACUUUUGCCACGUGUCACUGAAGCUUACAGAAAUGAAAAAUUCGAUCCAUCGCUGAUUCCUGAAAUGGGAAGUAUGGGACUUCUGGGUGCACCUUAUCAAGGAUACGGAUGUGCUGGAACUUCUACCGUUGGCUAUGGAUUGAUUGCCCGCGAAGUGGAACGUGUUGAUUCCGGAUACAGAUCGACAAUGAGUGUUCAAACGAGUCUUGUUAUUGGACCAAUCUACAAUUAUGGUACUGAAGAGCAGAAGCAAAAAUAUAUUCCGGAUUUGGCCAGUGGCAAAAAGAUUGGAUGCUUUGGUUUGACUGAGCCAAAUCAUGGAUCGAAUCCAGGUGGAAUGGAAACCAAAGCCAUUUGGGAUGAGACUUCAAAAACCUACAAAUUGAGUGGGUCAAAGACGUGGAUUUCGAACAGUCCUGUCGCCGAUGUGAUGGUCGUUUGGGCCAGAAGUUCUCGACAUGGAAACAAGAUCAAGGGAUUUAUUCUGGAAAGAGGAAUGAAGGGAUUGACAACUCCAAAAAUUGAGGGAAAACUUUCAUUGAGAGCAUCUAUCACUGGGCAAAUUGCAAUGGAUGAUGUGCCAGUUCCAGAAGAGAAUCUUCUUCCGAAUGUCGAAGGACUUCAAGGACCAUUCGGAUGCCUUAACAAUGCACGCCUCGGUAUUGCAUGGGGUUCUCUUGGAGCAGCUGAAGAAUGCUUCCAUCUUGCACGUCAAUACACACUGGAUCGUCAACAAUUCGGACGCCCUCUUGCUCAAAAUCAAUUGAUGCAGUUGAAAAUGGCCGAUAUGCUCACUGAAAUUUCUCUGGGUCUCCAAGGAUGUCUUCGUGUGUCACGACUGAAAGACGAAGGAAAAGUUGAGCCCGAGCAAAUCUCGAUUAUCAAGAGAAACUCGUGUGGAAAGUCUUUGGAAAUCGCCAGAAAGGCUAGAGACAUGCUUGGUGGAAACGGAAUCGUCGACGAGUAUCACAUUAUGCGGCAUAUGGUCAACUUGGAAACCGUCAACACUUAUGAGGGAACCCAUGAUGUACAUGCACUGAUUCUCGGAAGAGCUAUCACAGGACUCAAUGGAUUCUUUUAA